CUCUUGGUUUCACAGGAUAAUGUGGAGAGGGCAGAUGCGCUCCAGUUAACAGUGGAGGAAUUUGUUGAGCGUUAUGAAAAACCUUACAAGCCUGUAGUCUUGCUGAAUGCUCAGGUGGGCUGGUCUGCCCAAGAGAAGUGGACUCUGGAGCGGCUGAAACGCAAGUAUAGGAACCAGAAGUUCAAAUGUGGGGAGGACAACGACGGUUAUUCUGUGAAGAUGAAGAUGAAAUACUACAUAGAGUAUAUGGAAACCACACGUGACGACAGCCCGCUCUACAUCUUUGACAGCAGUUAUGGAGAGCAUCCCAAGCGCAGGAAACUCCUGGAGGACUACAAAGUACCCAAAUUCUUCACUGAUGAUCUCUUUCAGUAUGCAGGGGAGAAACGCAGGCCGCCUUACAGGUGGUUUGUGAUGGGCCCACCUCGUUCUGGAACAGGAAUUCACAUCGAUCCCUUGGGAACUAGCGCAUGGAAUGCCUUAGUUCAGGGACAUAAGCGUUGGUGCCUGUUCCCUACCAGCACUCCCAGAGAGCUGAUCAAAGUGACACGAGAAGAGGGAGGGAACCAGCAGGAUGAGGCUAUCACUUGGUUCAAUGUUAUCUAUCCUAGGACGCAGCUCCCCACCUGGCCCCCUGAAUUCAAACCCCUGGAAAUCUUACAAAAACCGGGCGAGACCGUCUUUGUGCCAGGUGGCUGGUGGCAUGUAGUUCUCAAUCUUGACACAACUAUUGCCAUCACGCAAAACUUUGCCAGUUGUACCAACUUCCCUGUGGUGUGGCACAAGACAGUAAGAGGGAGACCCAAAUUGUCACGGAAAUGGUACAGGAUCCUGAAGCAGGAACAUCCUGACUUGGCAGCUUUGGCCGAUUCGGUUGACCUGCAGGAAUCUACUGGGAUUGCUUCCGAUAGUUCCAGCGAUUCUUCCAGUUCCUCAAGUUCCAGCUCCUCAGACUCCGAUUCAGAGUGUGACUCUGGCUCUGAGACAGAGGGGGUGAUGCACCGGAGGAAAAAGAGGAGAACGUGCAGCAUGAUGGGUAACGGUGAUACAACUUCCCAGGAUGACUGUGUGAGCAAAGAGCGCAGCUCCUCCAGGAUUAGGGAAUCUUGUGGAGGCCGCAGCUACCCCUGAGAAGUGACGACGUCCACCUAGAGGCAGCUGCCCAUCGAAGCUCCGUUAGCAGCCAGCCAGCUCUGUCCUACCCCCUUCUGCUUCUGUUCUCACAGUCCUUAGGUUUUUGUCACUCUUCCUUGAUCCAGACAUCCGUCUUCAUUAUGUGCUGUCAAAGGUUGGCUCCUUAAUAACUCCUAGGGGAAUGCCCCGACUCUACGUUGUUGUGCAAUGCUUUGUCCCCUUUGCGCCCCAAGUGAGUGCACUAAUAACCCAGCCUUGGGUAAGGACAUGCCAAGAGUAUUUAAUGGUUCACAUAACUGGCAAGGAAGAUGACGGUCAAUUUUUAAAGAACUCUUUUUAAAACCAGCAGGUAGAUGUAAAAAACCUGCCUUGCUUUGAC